AUGACGUCCAUAAAAAAGAAGUUUUUAAUCCCCUCCUUAUACCCCCUUCCCCUCUCGCUUCCCCCAUUUGUCACAAAAUUUAAAAUUCAAAAAAAAUUAUUUUAUUUAAAGUGUCACAAAAUCUCAGUUCCCUCUCUCCUUUAUCAUCGACGUAUUAAGCGAAUGCCCCCAAACAACGAAAAAACUUUUGUUAAUAUAAUGACUGAGAAGAAUAGUAAUCACAUCGAGCUUGAUGCUAAUCCUUUUAAAAUUGAUUCAGACGACGAAAAAUUAUCUGGUCAGCUUGCUCUUAUGGAAGAAAAUUCUAUGGAAAUUUUUCCUAAUCAAAACAAUGCAAGCAAUAUCGUGAACAAUAAUAUGCUAUUUAAUAAUCAGAAUGCAUCAUCAACAAAUAUUACAUUUGAUAGAUGCAAUGAAAUUACUCUCGGAAAUAUUGUAAAUGUAGCUCUGCCACAAUGGCCUACAACAAUAAAUACUAUUUCUGGCAUUCCAAGUGAAAUUGAGGAUAACAUCAUUUACAAGAAGACGCCAACAAUUAAGGCAAUGAUGGAGAGCACCCAAAAAUUAAAUGAUAAAUAUUUGGAUAUAUUUUGCAUUAAAUUAGGACAUAAAUUUCAAUCAUUAAGUGUACAUUUGAAGAUUGAUGAAAUUGACCUUCAGCAAGCAAUCGAGGAUAACAAACAAUAUGGAACUUGCGAGGUUUUAUUUCAAAUACUAAGCAAAUAUUUUCAAAUCAACGAUCAAUAUGGAACAGUUGGAUGGCUAACAAAAUUUCUUUGGAAAAAUAAUUAUAAACAAAACGUAUGGGGUGUAAAAGAGCUAUGGAAAAUGUUAAAGGAACUUGAUAAAGAAGAACAUUAA